CAGCGCGAAGGCCACGCUGUCCCCUAUGGCUGACAACACCUCCGCCUUCGACUACAACUACAGCUCCUAUGAGGACACCGCCACCAUGCCAGCACUGCCCACGGCCCUGGUGACUGUCAUGCGCGGCAUUUCAGUGGCCCUCUACAGCACGGCCUUCGUGCUGGGCGUGACAGGCAACGGGCUGGUCAUCUGGGUCACUGGCUUCCGUAUGGCACGGACAGUCAAUGCCGUGUGGUUCCUGCACCUGGCCAUGGCCGACUUCGUCUUCACCCUCUUCCUCCCCCUCAGCAUGGUUUACGUGGCCCUGGGCUUCCACUGGCCAUUCGGGAGAGUCCUCUGCAAGCUCAACAGUGGCUUGGCCUUCCUCAACAUGUUCGCCAGCGUCUUCCUCCUCACGGCCAUCAGUGUGGACCGCUGCCUCCUGGUGGCUGCCCCGGUGUGGGCCCAGAACCACCGCCAGCCCCGCGUGGCCUCCUUGGUGGCCUUGGCCAUCUGGUUGGCAGCCCUGGCUCUCAGCUCCCCCUACCCGGUGUUCCGGGACACAGGGAACCCUGGGGCGUUGGCCAACGUCACCCAUUGCUACAACAACUUUGCCAUGGGUGUGGGGGACGUGGCCAAGGGGGACACGACCAUGGAGGAUGAAAGCAAGGGCGAUGUGGUGAUCACCCGACACCACGCCCUGGUGCUGACACGCUUUCUGGCUGGGUUCCUAGUGCCCUUUGCUGCCAUCUUGACGUGCUAUGGCAUCAUGGCGGCCAAGAUGAAGAGGAACCAGUUGGCCCGCUCGGCCCGGCCCUAUCAGAUCAUGGUGGCUGUGGUGGGCUGCUUCUUCCUUUCCUGGUGCCCCUACCACAUCUUCUCCUUCCUGGAGCUGGCGGGGGCCAUGGGGGUACCAGGGCUGGAUGCCGUGUUGUUGGUUGGGGUCCCCUUGGCCUCGGGCCUGGCCUACCUCAACAGCUGCCUCAACCCCGUCCUCUACGUCUUCGUGGGCCGUGACUUCAGGGACCGGCUGUGGCGCUCGGUGCUGCAGGCCGUGGAGAGCGCGUUCAGCGAGCCAUCCUCUCCCCGCAGCGCUGGGCAGGGGAAGCUCGUGUAGAGGGCUCCUGGCCACCUCUCUGCUAGCCCCCACUUCCCUCCCAGAGAACCCAGGAGUCCAGGCUCCCCGUCAACUUUGACCCGAACCAAAGCACCAGCCUUCACUCCCUUCCCAGAGAACCCAGGAGUCCGGGUUCCCAGCACCUCCAUGACUCCAUUCCUCUCCCAAAGCAGGAGAGAGUCCAGGCUCCCUUCCACCUCAACAGGGGGCCAUUUGGCCUCCAGGGGCUGCUGGGUCCAGGACAGGAUUGGCUAGAGUAGGGGGAAAUGGAAUAGAGAUAUAUAGAUAUAGAGGUCUGACUGGAUACAACCCAGGUGUCCGGGUUCCCAACUCCCCCCUUGUAACCCCCCAGCGCCCACCUCUCUCCCAGAGCUGGGGGAAACCAGGCGUCCUGGCCCCACAUCCUCCCAGCUCUUACUGCUUUCCCACCCCCAUUGUCUGGCGCUUGGCAUCAAGUCUCUGACAUGUGAUAUUGGGUAGAAUAAAG